GGAAGAGGCGGGACGGGAAGAAUGCGCGCCGGGAGCCACUCGGCCCGAGCAGCCGCACCGCCCGCCCACACCCACUCCCGAGGCCGCGGCUCGGGCCUGGCGCGUCCGGCGCCUGCAGUCCCCCCACCCUUCCGCUGGCAGCCGCCCCCACAGCCGCGUCAGGGCUUGACGCUGUCCUGCCGUUGCUUCCACUUUUAAAGCCCCAGACCAGGCUCUGGGCUUCUUUCCACUCUCCGCUCCCCUCCCCCAGCAGUCCAGUAAACCCCCAGUUUGCCCAAUGCAAAGGCAGUUACACCGCGAUUAAUUAUCGUCCUAAAUCCUGACGCAGAUUUAGAAGGACCUGAGGACGCCGUGCCGUAUCAUUUGUCUAUUGAAGACAAUGAAGUAUAUUUGCCUAAUGAUGAAAUUUGGACCUAUGAUAUUGAUAGUGGGUUGUGGAGAAUGCACCUCAUGGAAGGAGAACUCCCAGCCUCCAUGUCAGGAAGCUGUGGUGCUUGCAUUAAUGGAAAGCUGUACAUUUUUGGAGGAUAUGAUGACAAAGGAUACAGCAAUCGACUUUAUUUUGUUAAUUUACGAACAAGAGAUGGAACCUACAUUUGGCAAAAAAUCACCAGCUUUGAAGGACAACCACCUACACCACGUGAUAAGCUUUCCUGCUGGGUAUAUAAAGACAGACUAAUAUAUUUUGGUGGUUAUGGGUGUAGGAGACACAGUGAACUCCAAGACUGUUUUGAUGUUCAUGAUGCAUCUUGGGAAGAGCAGAUAUUCUGGGGAUGGCAUAAUGAUGUCCAUGUAUUUGACACAAAGACACAGACUUGGUUUCAACCAGAAAUUAAAGGUGGAGUUCCACCACAGCCACGAGCCGCGCAUACGUGUGCAGUUCUUGGAAAUAAGGGUUAUGUAUUUGGCGGACGUGUUUUGCAAACUAGGAUGAAUGAUUUGCACUAUCUAAACCUAGACACCUGGACUUGGUCUGGAAGGAUUACUAUUAAUGGAGAAAGCCCAAAACAUCGGUCAUGGCAUACUUUAACACCAAUAGCUGAUGAUAAACUUUUUCUAUGUGGUGGACUAAGUGCAGAUAAUAUCCCAUUAAGUGAUGGUUGGAUUCAUAAUGUCACAACAAAUUGUUGGAAACAACUUACACAUGUACCUAAAACAAGACCAAGGUUAUGGCACACAGCCUGUUUGGGAAAAGAAAAUGAAAUAAUGGUAUUUGGUGGGAGCAAAGAUGACUUACUUGCCUUGGAUACAGGUCACUGUAAUGAUUUAUUGAUCUUUCAAACACAGCCUUAUUCACUACUCAGGUCAUGCCUUGACUGCAUUGGUAAAAAUUCUAUCAUUUUAGAAAGUCAGAUAUCUUUAUUACCUCCCAAACUUCUGCAACAAGUACUCAAAAAAAUAACAUUUUGGACUGCAGCUAAUCACCGAGAGGAACAAAGAGUUAAAAAAAAGGAAACAUAAAAUAAAUAUCAGUGUAUCAGUAGCAAUUAAAUUGUUAUAUACUCAAUAUAUUUAGUAUGCUUUGACAUUUUAAUCAUACUAUACAUUUACACUCCCAAAUUGCAGGCUUUAUUUAAAGGAUAAAAUUUGAAACAAAAAUACUCUGUUAAGUGACUAUAUGCCAUGGGAUAUGGAAAAAAAGAUGUUAAUGCAGAUUAAUUUAUAUUUGUAAACAAAUUUCAUUACAAGCUGCAGAACAAAUAUUCUUGCUCAAAGUAACUACAGUUAUAACAGAUUUUAACUCAGUGUGUAUUCUUUACUGGAAAGACUACAUAAAUUUGAGAAUAAGAAAUUAUCAAGAACUUUAGAAAUCCCCAACAUAAUUUUAUAAAUGUAUAAAUACAUGUUUGUAUGUGAAAACACUAUAUAUAAACUUUCAGAAAGAACAAACUUUCUGAAGUCAUUUUAAAGUUACCUAAGUUUCUCCUUGAAUAACUAAUACAGUCUGCCAAAUAUUAUAAAAUAGGCAAACACCAGAAUGGUAUAAUACUGAACUCCUGCCCUUUUCAGUGCUUACCUGGUAAAGUAUUCUUAGGGCAUCAUAACUUUUCCUCACCUUUAUUCAAAUAGAGGAAUAAAUAUCUUCAGUUGUCUCCCCAUUACCCCUAAGUUAUUAGUUUAUCUAGUUUCUAUAUUAAGACCAUGUUUUAAAGUACAUAAAGUGGAGGUUUAUUUAUCAUACAGGCUUUGAAACAUUGAGAAGCAGUGUAUUUAUUAACUUUUUGAGACAUAUUAAAAUACAUUUUGCAUUGGAAGACUGCUUCUAAAGUAAUUUUUGCAAGUAAUGAGAUAAGAUGGUAAUCUAAUAAUUUGACUUUAUAGAAACCCCUCAGUUAGGCCCAUAGCAUUUUGGGCCAUCAUGCCCACAACUCAGAGUUGUGUUCAAGACAGAUACUAAAAAUCUAAUACCUUCCCUUUUAUUUUCAGCAUUACCAUCCAUACAGAAAUGAAACACUGUGUCUUUAUAUUCCUAAAAAUGAUACUUUUGCCAUAAUUAAGAAAUUUUUCUUCAUGUUAUCACUAUCAUGCCCUUCCUUUGACUAAUUACAAUUAAUUACUAAAAAGCUGGGUAUAUAAAAUUAUUCUCCACAAUAUUACCAUGCAAGUUAUAUCCGAAAUUUAAAAUGUUAAAGAAAAAUAUUUCUAUAUUGACAUAUAUAUAAUUUAUAAUGAAAAUUGCAGUUUGUAGUAUUUCAUUAAAUUUUAGAAAGAUAUUUCAUAUAUGUACUGUAUUUUGGAUGUGUAAAGCUUCUAUUUAUGUAUUGAAAUAUUUUUUUACAUUUUAUUUAUUGUACAAAGUGUAUAUAAUUACCGUUUUCAUUUUUCUCUGUGUAAACCAGUCAUUAAAAUUGAUAAUACAAAAAAUA